UGGGGUGUGAGCUGUCCUCGUCGGGGCUGCGACAGUAUCGCUUGAAUCUCAAACGCGCAUUGAGUGGCAGUCGUGAGCACCGGUCGUGACACUGAUUGUGCUCAUUCUCUUGUUCUCUUUUUUUUUGCCUGCCAGAUUUUCCGACUCGUUCUGCGGUGGCCAUCGCCCACUGCCAGCACUUCGGCUGUUUUCUCGCUUUUCAACCAUGACAUCCAUGGCGGAUGUUCCGGCGUACAUGUUACCAGGAGCACCUGUGCUUCAACCGCCGCACCUGGAGGGCCUUUCAGAUCCGACCCUCUCCACUGAAGUUUUGCCGGGGCCGCCAUCUCUGGUGUCUAUUCGGCGUACCGUACAGAAGCGCGACCCGAAGAACUCAUCUGUGUUUGUUUCCUAUCUGCCCCCAUCAGAUCCUGGUUCCACGUACUCGGGUCUUAUGGCUGGUCCACUAGCUGUGGAUAUCGGCGGCUCCCGUCGAAAGCGGGCCAGAGUCGACAAAGGGACGGCUAACGGACGUGCUCAGCGUGCCAACGCUCGCAGCCUGAACAACAGCAUUCUCCCCGCUCUAGAUCCAGUUGUUCCAGAAGUGCCCUCACGCCAGCCUAGCGUGCCACUCCCAGACUCCGACUCGUUCCCGGCACAGCCCGAUUCGGAUGACCCUUCUUUGUCACUUUCUAGAGCCAAUUCGCAGCCUGGUGGUGAAGAGGGUAUUAUGUCUGUAACAAACGGUAGAGGGAGGACCACGAGAAAAGACAAAGGGAAGGGAAAAGAGAUCGACAGAGGUUUUAUCAAGGAAGAACCAGUACAAAUCUCACUGUCUCCUGAACCUUCCCUUGCUCUGCCCAACGACGAUCACUGUUCAUCAUGUCGGUCUUUGGGCGCUCUGGUGUAUUGCGACAGUUGUCCUCGAGCGUUCCACCUUUGGUGCUUAGAUCCGCCCAUGGAGGCCAUUGAUCUUCCAGAAGGGGACAAGUGGUUUUGUCCAAGUUGCAUCAUUCGGAAGCACCCACCCUCCAAGCCCACACGUUCUUCGUUUAUGUCGCCACUUCUCCAUCAGCUCCAAGUGACCAUCCCCAAGGAGUUCCAGCUCCCUGAUGACAUAAGGAACUUCUUCAAGGAUGUUUCCACAGCUACUAACGGAGCUUAUGUCGAUAGUUCAGAGCUCAAGCAGCUACGGUUGAACCGCCACGGGCAGUUGGAAGUCCGUGACCCUUAUCGAUUGAAGGAUCGCAACGGCAUCCCAAUCAUAUGUUUCCGUUGCGGUCAAUCUUCGUUGCCUAGGGGCGGCGUCGUCGCAUCUACCUCAUCAAUGAAAUGCUCCCGCCGUUCAACGUCGACUUUGCAUAGUGCAACACCGGAAACCUGGAGGAGCAUGUUGUCUUGCGACUACUGCAAUCUCCACUGGCAUCUUGAUUGUCUCGACCCACCCCUCACGUCCAUGCCUUCAUAUGGAAAGAAAUGGAUGUGUCCAAAUCACGCCGAACAAGUUCUUCAACCUAAGCGCCGCAUCCCAAAGCAGAACGCCACUCCUAUCGACAUCACCAAACCGAACCAGUGGAACAGUGGCAACAUAGAGGUCAUUCACCCGCAACCGGCCGCGAUGACUGAAAAACUGGUCUUGGAUGAAGUACUCAUCAAUGGCAGGCGGUAUAGAGUACCCGAACGGAUUAUUAUGCUCGACUUCUGGAGCAAAAUCAGCAGAGAUCCACACCAGAACCGAGGUGAAGACCCACCAUCGAGGGUGUCGUCGCCGCUGACGUCGUUAAGUUCUUUGGAUGAAGUGGGCACAGAUAAUGAGCCUACCUCUGAAGAUCUCAUCUCAAGAGAUGAACUUCACGCUGCACAAUUGCUAUUUGACCUCCAUCAUUCUCUCUUGCGGAGAACCGCGAUCCCUACGGAAAAACCGACGAAUAUACAGCCUGCAUUAGGCAGAGUUCAAGAAAGAACCCUUGUUGACUCGACCACGCAGACGGUUCCUGACCUGGAGCCAUGUGCAGUUCCAUCAUUCCCGAGGACAGUAGAACAAAGCGAUGUGGCAAAGCCGACCACUCACAAGCGCAAGGCUUCUUCCAGGGCCACAGGCAGGGGUGCCACUGAAACUGAAGUGCCUUUACAAGCGCAAGCACCAAAUGAACUUCUGUCUCCUGCAAAGCCAAAGAGAGCGAGAGUGGCACCAAAGCAAGAACAGGACGAGGAACUAAGAUUGGCUGAUGAUUUGACCGUCGAUUGCCUGGAAAGUGCUGUCCCUGCGCGGCCUGGGAGGCAGGGUUCCAUUCCUAUUGCAACUGAAUCCCUUUCAACAAACUGCCCCACUACACCGAUACCUGUUGCGCCCGAGGUAAAUCACGUUCCUCCAGUGGCAUCUACCUCUACCGAGGGCCUGGCGUCGAAACCCCCUCCAACGUCCAAAGCAUCCAUGAUGAUAACUCAAUCCAGCACCUCUUCCACACCCACCCUCAAAAUCCGACUUACCUCGGCUUCACCGUCGUCCAGUAUAUCUCCUGCGCCAGAAGCAGACGCGCGGCUGCGACGACGAUCGUUGCGCAGACAAGAUUCCGCGUCCGUAUCUGUAAGCGGUGCUUCGUCGUCCGCGCCAGACGAUCUCGAUGAGCCGGAUUUGGCGAAACCAAAACCAAGACGUCGGCAGCUGAUGGCACUGGCACGGGGCGGCGCGGGAAGGCGUGGAAGGGGGCGGUACCGAUAACUACGUAGCAUGGUGGUUACUGCUAAUGAGGUCCCACCGAGUGUAAUUUGAUCUGAGACACCUAUCAUACUGCAUUAACA